UUGAAUGCAAUUGUGAGUGCGUUUACAGGGUGUUUUAUAGGAGGCUGCUGCUGUUUAGUUCAGGGGUGAUCUCGGAGUAUUAAAGCUGAAGUGACGGCACCCGUAGGACAAAACCUUAAACCCGUUUGUGACGAGUCGCAACCAUCUAACAACCCUUCUACUGAGACGCAGCAAUUGAGUUGCAUCACUAUCUCGCUAGUCGUGUAAGAUCUCCAAACUGGAUCUUAGGGUGAGAGUCGGUACGCCUUAUUGACAGAAAUGUUGUAUUGGUUUUACUUUGCAGUCAGUAGAAAGAAGGGUACACAUCACUGUGUACAUUUCACUAAUAACGUUUCUAUUUGUUGCCUCUUGUUUUGUUUUAAUACGUUUUGUUAUACAGCCAAAUCAUGUUUUAAUUUCAUUAUUUGCAAACAUCUCAUGAUGUAUAGUAAUUAUUAUAAUAACUGCAAGCUGUUUCCGGCUGUCCUUUUAUUUAUCAUCAAUUCACUAGGUUAGGUUUAACAAAAGUCGUUCAUAUAGAACAAACUGAACAUGGAGAAAAAAAGCAAGCCGUAUAAAACAAAGGGAGGAACGGCAACAGAGCCGGUGCCGCUCCCAAUCCACAAACACAGAGAGCGGCUGGUACGGGCUGUCAAACAGAACCCCUUCGUUGUCGUUACCGGAGAGACGGGAAGCGGCAAGACCACACAGCUUCCUCAGUAUCUCUACCAGGCAGGGUUUGGGAAAGGCGCAGUGAUCGGUGUCACGCAGCCCCGAAGAGUAGCCGCUAUCUCAGUAGCACAGCGAGUGUCUGAGGAGAUGGGCUGCCCCCUGGGAAGAGAAGUGGGCUACCAAGUGCGCUUCGACGAUUGCACUUCCAAGGACACGGCUAUCAAGUACAUGACAGAUGGCUGUCUCCUGAGGGAAAUUCUCGCAGAUGCCAGUCUUAGCAGGUACAGCGUUAUCAUUCUGGACGAGGCUCAUGAGAGGAGCCUGAACACGGACAUUCUGUUCGGUUUACUGAAGAAGCUGUUCCAGAAGAAGAAGCAUGGAGACCGGCAGGCCCCUCUCAAAGUGGUGGUGAUGUCAGCCACGCUGGAGACAGAGAAGCUCUCUGAGUUCCUUGAGGACUGCCCUGUCUGCACCAUACCCGGGAGGACCUAUCCUGUCACUGAGAUAUUCUGCAAUCUGAUUGGCCCAAAAGACAGAGAGAGCUCUGUUUAUGUGAAAGAGGUUGUGAAGGUUGCCCUCGACAUCCACACGAAUGAGCCAGCUGGGGAUAUCCUCGUGUUUCUUACAGGCCAAGUGGAAAUCGAGAAAGCUUGUGAUGUACUUUACGAGAAGGCUGAAUCCAUAGAUUAUCGGCAUGAUGUUGAAGACCGGUCUGUUAAGGGACUACUGAUACUCCCAUUAUAUGGAUCCAUGCCCACUGAUCAACAAAGGCAAAUAUUUCAACCUCCUCCAGCUGGCAUAAGAAAAUGUGUGAUUUCCACAAAUAUUGCUGCAACAUCUCUAACUGUAAAUGGAAUCAGGUACAUUGUUGACAGUGGAUUUGUGAAGCAGCUGAACCAUAAUUCAAGGGUGGGUCUGGAUGUUCUGGAAGUGGUGCCGAUUUCAAAGACUGAGGCGAAACAGAGGGCAGGCAGGGCUGGAAGGACGUGUGCUGGGAAGUGCUUCCGGAUCUACAGCCGGGAGUUCUGGGAGAAGUGCAUGCCGGAGUACACCAUUCCGGAGAUCCAGAGAACCAGCCUGACUUCAGUCAUCCUCACCCUGAAGUGCCUUGGAGUCCAUGACGUCAUCAGGUUUCCUUACCUGGACAGUCCUGAGGAGAGGUUCAUUUUAGAAGCUCUGAAGCAGCUAUACCAGUGUGACGCCAUUGACAGGAGAGGCCAUGUGACGAGAUUGGGACAGUUUAUGGUGGAGUUUCCUCUUCCUCCAGGCCUGACUCGGUCCCUGUUGAAAGCAGCGGCUCUGGGCUCCGAGGACCUUCUCCUUCCUAUAGCUGCCAUGCUAUCUGUUGAAAAUGUCUUCAUUCGACCAGGCCAGCCCGAGAAACAGCAGAAGGCUGAAGAGAAGCACCGGGAGCUUGCAGCUGAAUUGGGUGGCUGCAAUGACUUCACAACACUGCUGAAUAUCUUUCAAAAGUGCAAAGCAAGUGCCUCUCCUGUGUCUUGGUGCCAGGAUCACUGGAUCCACUGGAGAGCCAUAAAGUCUGCUUUCAGUAUUGAGACUCAGCUGCAGGAAAUACUGUCCCGACUCAAGCAGGUAAAUAACUUUGAUGCCAUUUUCUGCAACAUUGGUGAAAACCACAUCUCACUCAUGUUGGUUAAGAUAUGUUAAGCACAACCCAUGAUG